UUUACGAGCAGCCCGUGAACGCAGCCUCCCUGUGAUUCAGUCCAGCACGCGGCCAUUCACAGUUUCAGGUCCCUCCGGUGACUCUGGAUGACUGGCCGCUCCGCGUCUCCUGCGUCCUGUAGACACAGUUCAAGGUUCGGGUUGAUUGUCCGCGCGGGUGUGAGUCCGGGUCGAGUUUGUGGAACGAUGCUGAUGAAGUUGGAAAGUAAUGAGCGAGGAUGCUGAAGCUGCCGGCAAGCCCGCUUUGUUCGGAGGAGCGCAAGGCUUCUGUGCCGCUGUCAUCCCGCAGCUCAUCCCCUGCUGCUUUGUCUUCACCUGGCCCUCUGAUACAGACCGAGACCAGCAGUGUGGUUUCUCAGUGUUGGACUGUGACCACCACCAGCAGCAGCAGGUCGGCACCAUGAGUCUGUAUGGGGCCGGCGCCAGUGGCGGCGCCUCUGGGGGCGCGAGAGAAAGAGGUGGAGCAGAACAUUACCGGGAGCAGCGGCGGCGCUCCAGCGACCGCUCACGUGACUCCUCCCAUGAGAGAGCAGAGAGCCAGCUGACGCCCUGCAUCAGGAAUGUCACGUCUCCCACCCGGCAGCAUGACCGUGAGCGCGGCGAUGGAGGCUCCUCCUCUAGAUCCUCCAGUCCACGCCCUCCCAGGGUUUCUCUUCCCUAUUCUCAUGUUGGAGGGGCUCUGAUCAGUGGACACAUACCUCGGGCUCUGGGUCCUUCUGGGGCAGACCACCACUCCAAGACACUGAGCCACGGACUGUGUGACAUGAUCUAUGUGUAUGACCUCAGCAGUAAGGAGGGGCAUCGCAGUGGACUACGACUUGGCGAGAGAGUCACUCUAAUAGUGGAUAACACAAGAUUUGUGGUCGACCCCGCCAUCUUCACAGCUCAGCCUAACACCAUGCUGGGCAGGAUGUUUGGUUCUGGGCGGGAAAACAACUUCACUCGACCCAAUGAGAAAGGAGAGUUUGAGGUAGCUGACGGGAUCAGCUCCACUGUGUUCAGAGCCAUCCUGGAUUACUACAAGUCAGGGAUAAUCCGCUGCCCUGACGGCGUUUCUAUUCCCGAGCUGAGGGAGGCAUGUGACUACCUCUGUAUCUCCUUCAACUACAGCACCAUCAAGUGCCGAGACCUCAGCGCCCUGAUGCACGAGCUAUCCAACGACGGGGCCCGGCGUCAGUUCGAGUGUUACCUGGAGGAGAUGGUGCUGCCUCUGAUGGUGGCCAGCGCUCAGAGCGGGGAGAGAGAGUGUCACGUGGUGGUGCUGACUGAUGAUGACGUGGUGGACUGGGAUGAAGAGUACCCUCCACAGAUGGGAGAGGAGUAUUCUCAGAUCAUCUACAGCACCAAACUGUACCGCUUCUUCAAGUACAUCGAGAACCGAGACGUGGCCAAGUCCGUGCUGAAGGACCGAGGACUGAAGAAGAUCCGACUGGGAAUAGAAGGUUACCCCACCUACAAAGAGAAGGUGAAGCGGCGUCCUGGAGGACGUCCAGAGGUCAUCUACAACUACGUCCAGCGUCCCUUCAUCCGCAUGUCCUGGGAGAAGGAGGAAGGAAAGAGCCGCCAUGUUGACUUCCAGUGCGUCAAGUCCAAGUCCAUCACCAACCUGGCCGCGGCCGCCGCAGACAUUCCCCAGGACCAGCUGGUGGUCAUGCAGCCUCAGGGGCCGCAGGUGGACGAGCUGGACAACCUGUCCCAGCCAACGCCCGGCGCCAGUGACCCCCACCAGCUGGCGUACGGGCCGGCAGCAGAGAACAGUGCGGGCCCCCAGCUCGCUCUGGGCUACGAAGGCCCCAAUCAGCAGGCUCAGGACAGUCAGAGCCAAGCCACCCGCAACCAGCAGCAGCAGCUCGGCAGCAGCCACACUCAGGCCACAUACCAUUACGAGCCAGACCCAGACACACCGUCACCCUCUGCAUGAGACUGGCUGCACACUGACCCCUCCCCCCUCCCCCCCCCCCUCCCUCUGCUGGGCUCACACUAAGAGGAACAAGUGGUUUAGUUUCCAACACGACGCUGACAUCAACACACAACACACACAAUGAAAGCACUGUGACUUCUUUAAACCUGGAGUCUCCACACAAACAUGGAGAAACAACACAGUGGCACACUAACGACCACAACAAGCACAUCACCCUGUUCUCUGAUUGGCCCUCACCAGCGAAUAAGCACACAGAGUUCAACCUUUAAAGUUUAAAGUGAGGAACGUCUCAUCACCUGUUUCUGUCAGUGUGACCCGCCCCUCAGCUCCUGCUCUUUAGUGGCAACACACCACUUUGCCUUCUGUUGCAGCGCAGACUCUCAGUCCACACGGAGUCUGAGCGAGCAUGAACACUUCAGCAGCCACGGACGCAUGAAGCACGCGGCAGGCGUCCUCCUCCUCACCCGCCUCCCCCGCCUCCCCCACUCUCUCUAUUUAUCUGACCAAAGGAGACUUCAGUUGUGUUCUGUGUGGAAAGACAGAAUGAUGUAUUACAUUAUAAAAGUGUGUGUGUGUGUGUGUGUGUGUGUGUGUGUGUGUGUGUGUGUGUGUGUGUGUGUGUGUGUGUGUGUGUGUGUGUGUGUGUGUGUGUGUGUGUGUGUGUGUGUGUGUGUGUGUGUGUGUGUGUGUGUGCGCCUCACUUGGAAAGUGUAUGUCAGUGCCUCUCUGUUGGUCUAUUCUGGGGCUGGCCUGAAGUUUGCAGUGAGGACUGGAUGUGAAGUUCUUGAUGAGAGGUUUGUUUUUCGGACCACACAUUUUUUUAUUUAUAGGAAUCUGUUCCACUCUGUUUUGUGUUUUUUAGCCGGUCUAUUUGGGUCCUGGUUUACACGAAGUUCAUGUUUUGACUUGUUUGCUCCCGGCUGACUUGCAUCGAAAACUCUGCACAGUCUUUGUCACCGUUGCUGCGAGCACACAGGAUGUCAGUUAAGAAGAUGAACACAAUGUUUUUUUAAUAAACAAGUUUCACAGAA